CUACUGCUGACAUAUUUAAAGAAAUGUAAUUUCUAGUACAUUAAGUUAUACAUCUACGGUCACACUGCCGCUUGGGAGGAAUUUUUGAAGAUGUUGGUUGUUUGAUUUUACGCUCAAACUCGUUUCGAUUUCUACGGCGUAAAUGCUGCCCCAUAUACGAAUAUACUACAUAUAUUGAUAGAGCAGAUGGCUCUGCAAGUAACAGUGAAUGGGAAGUUCGGGGCCAACUUGAGGAGGCCCAUCGGACCACUGGACGAUCCAGAGCAAGUGCGCAAAGAUCUCGAGAGUGAGCGUCGCAUAACCCGUUUGAAGCAGGUGCGUGAGAAGUCCAACCACCUGGCACGCCAGAUACGCGAGGAUGUGGCUGCCGAGAAACGGCGUCAAAUCGACAAAUUGGAGCAGGUCAAGCAAAAGGAGCUGAAUGCGUGGCGUGACCAUGUUUUGGUCAAAAAGCACCAGGACUACCGUUCGGCCAUUUUCCAGGUGGGCGCCGCCCAUCGCGCCGCAAAGGAGGAAAACGAACGCAUCGAGCAGCAGAAGCAAGAGAGAAUCGAGAAAAUCCGAAGGUGUCGCAAGCAGGCCUUGAAAAGAUCGGGCAAAGCUAGCGUGGAGUUGCGAGCCACUAACGUAAUGAAUCUGAAUGCGGAGGGACGUGCCUCGGCGGGCACACAAACGACCGUUUUGGAGGACAAAGAAAAUCGACUGGAGAGUGGAUGUAACAAACCCUGUUGCAAGGGCAAACGCAAAAGGACAACCAGCUGCGGAUGUGCCAGCACCGAUGGCGAGGAGGAGAAGGAGGAUGACGCAUCCUCUCAGGACGACUCAUCCAUCCUGCUCAGCGAGAGUCCCGUCAGCAAUCGGCGUCUCCAGAAAACUCCCCCCGUAAUCCUGGACGUGGAAAUCGAGGAAACCAUUUCCGAAACCCACAAGAAUCCUGAAGGUAUGGAUAUAAACGAUAGGUUCAUGCAAACCAACCGCAAAUUCAGCCAUGUCGUGAGACCCAGUGAUGAUGAACCCCAACGGCGGCCGAGAUUUACUCAGAUCAGCGAUUUGGUAAGGAAAACUACUACUACCAUACGAACUGGGCCAACUCAACGAAGGGAAACAGAUCCUGCUCCAUCGGUAUCUGUACCGCCUAGUCCCACCAAAUCUCUGCCAAGAUCGCCCAGGAAAGCUGUAGAGCGUGAGGACCCCGUUCCUGCUCCCCCACUCAGAAAAUCCCCUACUAAAACGGGUAAAGGAUCCCCCAAGAAAACCGCGACGGCACCACGUAAUCAGCCGACAGUAAAGAGACCGGGUUUAAAAAUAAAUCCAGCACCUGCCAAGGUGAUAGAUGCGGGCAUACAAAGAGGUCAGAAGGCCAAAGCUCCAGCUACGCUGCCCAAAGUAACAGCAAUACAGGAGCCAGCAGGGGAACCUUCCCGAAAUCUUCAACCGAUUCCAGAACAGGCUAUGCCACCCAUGCCAAAUCCGCCAUUGACCCAUUGUUAUCCCAUGCCGCAGAAUCAGCCAUACAUGCAUCAGUAUUCUCAACAUCCGAUGCAACCAUAUGCGAUGCCAUACUCAAUGCCAUUCCCCAUGCAAGCCCAGUUUCCACAACCUCACCCGAUGUAUGCACCGCAGCAAAUGAUGCCGAAUCAGCCAGCGGUACGCGUUCCCGCUGUUACUGCUCCACCGAGCACUGCUACGCACUCCACUGUAUCCACCACCACAUUUACCACGUCCACGCGACAGGACCCAAAGGCGACUCAAUCGGGACGUGUUCAGUUCUACGAUCAUAGCAAUAAGUACCAUAGAACGUACGAAGCUCCAACACAGUCGGUGCAGUGCAAUGAGAAGGAUGCCACCCAAAUGACCGCUAUGGAUCAUGCUCGCAUCGAGAACCAGCUGAGGGAACUGCGGGAACAGGAGCUAGACAAGCUUAGGAAAAUCAGUAACGAUCGUGGUCAGAAGGCUCUUGAACGCGAGCAAGUGCGUCGAGAUUGUGCUGAAUUAACGGAAAAGCUGGAUGCUUUAACCCAACAGCAACCGCAGCUCUUGCCAACCGAUGCUAACAUUAUACCUAGCCAUCGGUUCGCGGAUGCGGCUGUCAGGCGAGAGCAGAAAAUGAACGAGGCAAUGGAAGAAAUGCUGCUUCGUCCGGCCAUCAUCACUUGUCCCGAAGUGCGCACCAAACCAACUCCACCAAACUCGUCGCGUAGCAAACCGAAAGCUCCGGUGUCACUCAACGUGGGUGAACCUCCUGUUCAAAUGGGACGGGAUAAACUUGGCAGCACGGAGAGCUGCUGCUCCAUCCUCCUCGACUACGUUGAUGAUCAAAGCAAGCAGCUCAAGUCGGACCUGAAGGCAGAGCAGUCAAACUCACUGAAAUCGAUGAGACUAAAAAGUUUGCUUGAGCGCAUUGAAAGAAUUCGAGUCCAACUGUUGGAGGAGCUGAAGGCGGGCGAGACAGCUGGAUCAAAGGGUGACAACGCACAGGAAUUGCAUAAUAUACGUCAGGAGCGAGCUGAUAUUCUAUCGGAAAGAACGAGGACUUUGAACGAACGAGAAUCUGAUUUGCAACAGAAGGAGGCUAUUCUGGAGCAGCGUCUAAGAAAAUUCUACAAGGAGACAAAAAGUGCAAAAUCCAGUGAGGGUGAGCAGCCAAAAGCGACCGCAAAAGAAGACAGUCCAGUAGAGAUCAUUAUUAAGGUGAGGAGCGACGGUACUGUAAAGCAAUAUGUACCGAGGGCUAAAUCCAAAGCCAAAGCCAAGACCUCAACUGUCGAUAAUGAAAAGGAUGUGCCGCUGGGCUCAACUGGGAGCACACCAAUAGACGAUGCGGAAAAGCAGACGGAACAGGAUCACGGAAAGCGGCCAUUUUCACAGGAUCAGCGUCAGAUAUCCAUUGAUUCCAACUCCACCGCCUAUCGCAGUCUACCGCCAGUAAGCUAUAAAAAUUUGAACUCGGGAGUUCCUUCUGCUCCGGCGGCUCCCGUGUCUGCUCCAUUACAUCCCAUGGUUGUUCAAUACAUAAAUCGUCUGCUGGGAAUGACCCGCCAAAGUAUAGAUGAGAUGGGUGUUAGUUCCUCGUAUGUGACCACACCCUCGACGUCGGUGAUCAACUCAUCGAGAAACGUAACGCCUUGUGCCGAGCCUGAAGCAGGAAGAACAGAAAGGGAUCAGGAUGAGGAGACAGUGAUAAACGAGCAACGGGUGGAAAGGGUGCAGACCUUCAUUGCAGACAAUCGCAGCCUAAUCGAUGAUUUGGAAGCAUCAAUACGUUGCCAGCAGCAGAUGCAAAGGGAGCAACAGUCGCAGGACACAGAGAGAAGUAUGCGCGCCUUCGAUCAAAUAUGGAACAAGCGCUUGGCCAAGAAUCAAGAAGAUUGUCAGCCAACCAACAAAGAUAAAGAGCACAAAGCGGAAAAGACGCAUGGAGAAAGGCCGACUGCACAAGGAGAUAGGAAACAUAUGUCAGCUCAAAAAGAAAACGGCAGAGCUCCUGCUGCUCAAGAAAGGGAGCGGCAGCAGCAAUCACACGGUGCAGUGCAACAAAAAAGAGGGCAAAAGACGAUGAAACAAGGUCAUGGAGGGGUAUCGUUAGGCUUGCCUGCCGAUAAAAGCACAAACCGCUUUGCGCCCGAAAAAUCGAAAUGCCAAUCUACCAGCGAAGAUUCCUCUGCUCGAAACAUGGAACGCUAUGCGCAGCUCACAGAGAAUUGCACCCAGCGGAUCGCCGAACUGACGGAGCUGAUCACGAAAGUGCGCGAGGAGAAGCAGCGACUGGUGGAGGUCACCCUCACAUCGAACAGCGAUGGCGAGCGCCAAUCCACCGAAUAUUUUGAGCUCCCAACUGGACAACAGCCAACGAGAUGCCGAACAUUGUCCGAUCGCAGCGAUUCUCAAACGCCAUCGACCUCGGAAGCCUUGCCGCUGCAGAAGCACAAGCCGACAGCAGCCAGCAGGGAUAGUGGCAUCGCGGACUCGCGUCCAAUAACGGCACAGGGGCAGGUUUGUGUCGAUAUGGAACCCAUCUCGCUGGGCUCCUCAACGCAGAACACAACAGCACGUGGCCGGAUGAAGGCUCCGCCGGCCACGAUUCGCCGGUAUAGUCCUCAACUAGACGCCGAUGACCUGGCGCACGAGCUGUCGACCAUCACAGAAGUGGAAACGCCGGGACAGUCAAAUAUCGUGGCCGCCACACCGUUGCCCAAGCCGUUUCCCAGCUUUGAUCAGUAUGCCAGAGAACUGCAGUUGGAUCUGUCGCGGUUGGAUGCUGAUCAGAGCCGACGGCUGCAGGGCGAAUUUAAUGAGUUGAUCCACGUGAUCAACCAGCGCACUCAAGGAACGGACUACCGUGAGUUUCCAAGCAUUAAUGCCUAUCUUCAUAACAUGACUAGCACCCAAAUCCACCUGGAGAUAGGUCAGGAUGCAGAUCAGGCCACUCUGUCGCCGGGUGAACUGUUGCGUCAGCUGCGUGUGGUCAAUGAUAAUAUCCAAGAAUUCCCCAAACGCCGGGAAUACUUUGAGAAACUUAUGGCCAAGCAACCAGCAGAUCAGAGGGAACUAAUAGACAGUGACCGAUUAGACCAUGAUUCUUCGGAUUCAUUCAAUAUAGAGGAGGAACUCCGCCAGCGGAAUAUUCUGAAGAACUCUUUUCGACGUGGCAAUGCCACUGACACCACAUUGACGGGUCGGGAGGUGGCUAGCAGUACGCGGCGGGAAAGCGUCGCCCCGCAAACCAACGAUCAGCCCAACGAGAGUGGCAUAGAUCCUCUCUCCGGCAGCAACUUUUCCAGCGACGGGGAUCAGAGAGGUGACUGCUGGCAUACCACAAUGCAUCAGAGGCAACAGCAGGUGGAUGAGUUGUGCAGCAGCACCUCGGCCUCGUCGCCAGAACGACGGCCACGAAAGUCGCGGCUACGUGGAGGGCACGACCGGAGUUACAAGUCCAAGGAAGAUUCCACAGUGCAGGAUGCGAGUCAAAUAGGAAGAUCCCUAAACUUGAGGGAAUUUCUUACCCGUGAGCUUCUCAAACAUCGAGGGCACAGCGGCGACACCACUGAGAGUUCAGAUGAGUCCUUAAGAGGACACUUUUUGAAGUCGGUCCUGCAUUCGCUCUCCCCCAGCAACAAUACGCAAACAGCGGGAGUGGGUGUAAGCCAUGCCACCGGGGCAACCAACGACAGACAAAAGACAUCCACACCAGUGGGAUCAUUCCUCUCCAUUCCAGAGAAAGCCGGGUCCGUGAACAGCACCGGUUCUCAACUGUUCUCCGGGGAGAGUCGCAUCUCCCUGGUAAACUAUCCAGAUGGAACUCCACCCAUUCCUUAUGAACAACAAAGCAAACUAAGUACAAAUCAAACUCGCCAAUCCCCAGGUCAAAUAGGAUCAGGUGUCAAGACAUCCCAUCGAAAGUCGCCUCGAAAAUGAUCGUCGAACAUUUUCUCAAUUCGUUUGUUUAGAUUUUAAAUUGUUUUAUCCAUUUUAUGACAAUUAUUUAUAUUUUAAUAAACUUUGCAAUUAUGUGUCCAAAAGUGACUAUCAAAAACGAUUGUAUCAAAUUCGCUCAAUAUGUUAAAUUUAGAAUUGUAUUACCAAUUUUUGUGAAACUUAUUUAUAUUUUAAUAAACUCGACGAAUAUUUAU